AUGGGGUUGGAGCUUGAAAAAGAGGAAGAUGAAGCUACCUUUGAUUUUGGAGACGUUUUCAAGGAACCGGAGGGCUUUCUUCCCCCGCCAAAACCACCGACGUUCUCAGAGCAUCGUCUGCUUUCUGGUGAUAUCCUAAACAUUCGACUCGGGUAUCUACUCUGGAACGCAGCAAGAACAAUAUCAGAUUUUCUAGAAGAGAAAGCCCCAGAAUGGGUUGAAGGCAAGGAUAUUCUUGAACUAGGUGCAGGUGCCGGUCUACCGAGCAUUAUCUGCGCUAUAAAAGGGGCUAAAACGGUUGUUGUGACCGAUUAUCCCGAUUCUGACCUUGUGGAUAAUAUGCGAAUAAACGCAUCAACCUGCGAGAAGUUUAUCAAAACACGGCCAUUGCCUCUGCAUGUCGAGGGCUAUAAGUGGGGUGCUCCAACUGAUGAUAUAUGCAGCUUUUUACAAUCGCCCUCGGACGGCUUCGACGUUCUGAUUCUCGCAGACGUCAUAUACAACCACCCACAACACCACAAUUUAAUCGACAGUGUAAAAAGAACAUUGAAACGAUCAAAGGAGUCUGUUGCGUUUGUGGUUUUUACUCCCUACCAACCUUGGCUACUGGAAAAAAUAACGGCUUUCUUCCCGAAAGCGGAAGAGAGUGGAUUUGAAGUUAAGAAACUAUUCGAGAAGGUUAUGGAUAAGCUAUUGUUUGAAGAUGAUCCUGGGGAUGAACAACUUAGACGGACCGUUUUUGGAUAUGAGCUUAAAUGGAAGCAAGAACAAUUAGCCAGGGAUAUCUCCAAUCAUUAG